UUUCCCUUCUUGUCAUUUGUGACGACCAACUUCUGAUCAACACAAGUAACCGUCCAACACACAACUUCACAACACGUCGAAAGCGAAAGCAUCAACAUAGAUUUUCUCUAGGCCUACAGUAAAACAUACAUUGUCUUGAACUUUCAACCACCUUUGAUGACUCGGUGUCUAGAUCUAGAAUCUAGUAUCUAGACUAGAAUCUACAUCUAUACUCGGUAUUUUCUCCAUCAUGCAGAAAAGCUGAGUUCUCCAGUUUUAGCUGAAAUCAUGUCUGGAAGGUAUGAGAUUGAUGAAUGCGGCAACGCCGUGUUUGAACCUUUCGAUUCUCUGGCUGCCGUUUUGUCUUGGUCGUCGAGCCAAGAGUCAAAAAGCAGCUGUAGAUCUUCCCCAGUCAAGUUCCGUUCUCAACUUCGUAAAAGAACCGUGAAAGUUCAGUCAAUGAAGGUUACUGAAAAAGGCGGUCAGUCAACAGAGAAGCCUGCAUCGUCAAAUCUUGAGGCCCAAGUUCUUGUGUGUCAUGAUAUGUAUGGAGGAUACUUGAAUGACAGGUACACUUUUGGUGCUAAGGGUGCUCCAUCCUACAGAUUCUAUCACUGGCAUCUCAUUGAUACCUUUGUAUACUUCAGUCAUCGGUUUAUUACAGUUCCACCUCUUGGAUGGAUCUGUGCUGCUCAUAAAGAGGGUGUUACGGUUUUAGGUACUGUGAUCACAGAAUGGGAUGAUGGCGCAAAGAUUUGUCAAGAAUUGCUCAGCUCCAAGUCUUCUAUAGACAAGUUCACCACAAAGCUUGCUGAAAUUGCUGAUUUUUACAACUUUGAUGGUUGGCUCAUUAACAUUGAGAAUCCAAUACAGCCUGAUCAGGUCAGUGCCCUGCAAAGUUUUGUGUCUCAGCUGACAGAGAAAUGCCAUGCUGUUCUGGAGUCCCCAAAAGUGCUGUGGUAUGACAGCGUUAUCAACACGGGCGAGUUGAUUUGGCAGGAUGAGCUGAAUCCUAAAAAUGAAAUGUUCUUUGAUGUGUGUGAUGGCAUCUUUUUGAAUUAUUUGAUGACGGAAGAGAAGUUGCAGAGAUCAAAAAGUUUGGCCUGCAAAAAAGGCCGCCAAUUUGAUGUUUAUGCAGGCAUCGAUGUGUUUGGGAGAGGGACCCCUUGUGGAGGAGGAUUUAAUUGUCAAGAGGAUCUUGCUCUGAUCAUGUCUCAAGGCCUGUCAUGUGCAAUUUUCGCUCAAGGCUGGGUCUUUGAACAUUUGGGACCAGAGAGUUUUGAUUCUAAUGAAAUUAUGUUUUGGGGUCUGUUGAGGAAACAUCUUGACCCAAAGCCUCUAACUGUGCCCUUUUCUUCUUCUUUCUGUCAAGGAUAUGGAAACAAAUUUUUCUUGAAUGGCCAGGUUAUUGACAGUUUUCCAUGGCAGGACUUGAGUCUGCAGCAGGUUCAGCCCAAUUUUACUCACAGCCAGUUUGUUAGGUAUACUAUCACUAAAGUUCCCGUGGCACAGACAAGCAAAAAUAAGACAGCAGAAAGCAAAGAUGGAAAAGUGGAAAGUGGAACCGAUGACUUUGAGAGGGGAGAGCCAGACCAAAAUGCCACUGGACCAGAAGCUACGAAAAGAUGCAGUACAGAUGAAGCAGAGAGCAUGUCUACAGCACAGAGUGCAGCUGUAAAAGACACAGUAGAUGAGGGGACAGCGGUGGAAAAAUUUUCUUGUGAAGUAUCUUCUGAAGUAUGGCACCCCAACCAGCCAAAAAUGGAGGUUGACCUGUCAGAUGCAUAUCAGGGAGGAUCUUGUCUGCGGUUGUCAAUUUCAAAUGUAGCUGAUACUGGUGCACAGGCUGUUGUUUUCCGAUUGUUUAAACUACAUGUAGAGGCUGCAACCUGCAAAAGUUUGAUGUUCUCUGUGAUAUGGAAAGUCCCAAGUGGUGCUGAACUUCCUUUUGGAUUUGUUGUUUCUGAAAAUUCAAAAGAUGGCAAUGCCAAGAGGGUCGUUGUUUGUACAGAACAGUUACUGUCAUCAUCUGUACAACAACGUUUAGCACGAGGCAUGAUUUCCGGCAUGAUUUCCGGAGAUGCUGGCGUAGAGUCGGGAACGGAAUUCCAUUAUGUAACUUGUGUAACUGAGGCUGCAGCUUGUGGUUGGAAGCAAAGUGCUUUUUCACUGGACUUGGACUUGCUGAGAAUGAGCGGUGUUCUGGUCUUUACUGAAAUGACCAUUGGGUUUCUUAUGGUUCCGUUCCUGUGUGAAAACCGUGCGACAUGCAGACAUCCUACUAGAGUAGUUCAGCUUGGGCAGAUUCAGGUUUCAGUUGACAUCUCUAAGGAAAGCAGAGAAGAUGAUCCCAAAAUUACUAGGGCUGCUCUAGUGAAAGCCAAAGUGAAUCACAAGUUGUGCUCUGCCAAAAUAAGUGACCUUGUGUGCCACCCUAGUUCCAGUCCUGUAGAUGGUGUUUCCAAAGUACACAGACCUGCUGAAGGGGCAAGCUUGGAACUGGAUUCUGAUGCUAUUGUCUCUUCAAGAGUGAUCCUGCCUGCUUACCUGGCAGAUGUUACCACCAGCUCAGUGGUUUUAUCAGAGCAAAGUAUUGAUCUUACAGAACCUGAAUCCAAGGAUAUAGAACCUUAUACUCUGUGCUUUUUACAGUGGGAGAUGCCGAGUGGACCUGUAGAUUAUUUCCUCAUAUAUAUUGUGGAUGAGGCAAGCAACUCUCAAAAUCUUCUGGGACACUCUGUGCUUAAUAGUUUUGUUUGGAAACCUUCCCCAGAGUUCAUGGGAGCAUCUCAGAAAUUUUUUAUACAUCCUAUUUUUACCAACACAAGUUGAUCUUGUCAGGCUCGAGUUCAUAUAGCGUCAUUUGAAUGUUUCUCAUGUACAAUAUCCUCUUAACAAUCAUUUAUGAACCUAAAACGAUAGUUUACUUUUCCCAUUCAUCCAUAUGUUCAUAAGCUUAGUCUUUUUUUUUAAUGUGAAGAGUUUCUUGACCAGCUGAGAAUGAUUUAUAUAUGGCUUUCAGUUAGAGCCUGAGGAAUUUGUGUGUCAAUGACAGGGGUGAAAUUUAUGUGGCAGCUUUAGACCUGUACACACAUACAUCCUGACUUUCAAAUGUAACGGUCUUGAGGCUAAAUUUAUAAGCAGAUUCAAAGCUAUAUUAACAAGUUACAGAACUGUAAAAGUUGGUUGGAGUUCAGGUUGCCAUAGUAAGUAGUGUCAGCCCUACAGGAUUCAAUUUGUAGUCCCUGCAAUGUUUAGUGUUUCUCAACUGAGUCAUUUUGUCAAUCUUCCCGAUUUUUUUUUGGGUAGACCGAAGAAUAUUUGUUAAUACAGUGGGUGUCGCAUGUAACGAGGUUGCCGGGACCGGCUUGUUGUCCUCUUUGGAUCCGACCUCUCGUUGAACAUGACAAAGGCUCAAGAAAAGAAAGGAGACAAGCUAUUAUAUUACAUGAUGUAUCAAUGCCAAUAAUUAAAACAGUUGUUCCCCCUGAUGACGAAAAUCUCAAGCAGCAUCAGUGUACGUGUGUUUGAGCUGUGUUUUAACUGUCAUUUCCGCACUUUUAAAUAUUUUUUGUCUGGAACACUUCUAGUGUGGAAACAUACUCACAUCUAGACCUAGAUCAACAUAAAGUAAAGGCGGGAGCUUGGAUUUUCUGAUCAGGGGACGAAAAGAAAAUCAA